UCAACCUAUUUUUCCAGUACUGGAGAAGAAAGAGACAUAAGUCAUAGGUCCUUAUUAUUAAGACUAAACAUCAAUGGCUUCUUCUUCUUCUUUGUUGAGUUUCUUCUUGUUGUUUUCUUCUUUCUUUCUCUUAUGUUGUAAACUAUGUGUAGCACAGUCAGUGCCAGCAGCGUACAUGUUUGGUGACUCCCUUGUAGACGUUGGCAAUAAUAACCAUUUUGGUACAGUUAUUAAAGCUAAUUUUCCUUAUAAUGGUCUUGAUUAUCCUGGUGGAAAAUCUACUGGAAGAUUUUGCAAUGGGAAAAACACUGCUGAUUUUCUAGCUGAGAAAUUAGGAGUACCAACGCCUCCCCCAUACUUGGCCGACAAGAACAAUGUGUUCGCCAAAGGUGUAAGCUUUGCCUCUGGUGGAGCUGGAAUUUUUAAUGGCACCAACGAUGACUUUCUUAGCAAAGCACUUCAUAUGUCACAACAAGUGCAGUUUUUCUCCAUUGUUCAGCAAAGAUUGGUGACGCAAUUAGGAUCUGAUACCGCACAAAAGCAACUAUCAAAGUCUGUUUUUGGUAUUGCAAUCGGAAGUAAUGAUAUAAUUAAUUAUUUCAAAUCCGAUUCAAAACUCUCUAAGACUACAGCACCCGAGCAAUACGUCGAUCAAAUGGUUUCCUCUCUACAGGGCCAGCUCAAGCAAUUGUAUGGUCUAGGUGCACGAAAAUUUGUGAUUGUUGGGGUAGGAUCAAUUGGAUGCAUUCCAUUGCUAAGAUACCAAAGUGCCAAUAAAUCUGGUGAAUGCUCCGAACAAACUAAUUACUGGACAAACAAAUAUAACCAAGGACUUCAGUCCGUGCUACAAGGGUUGCAGUCUGAGCUGAAGGAUUUCAGUUAUUCAUAUUUCGACACAUUCAAUUUGUUGCUCGAUGUCAUCCAGAAUCCAGCUAUUUACGGUUUUAGUGAAGUGAAAGCUGCUUGUUGUGGACUGGGAAGACUAAAUGCUAAACUUCCUUGCACCCCAAUUUCCACGUUCUGUUCCAAUAGAAGUGACCAUGUUUUUUGGGAUAGAUAUCAUCCAACUGAAGCAGCUAAUCGCAUGAUUAUUGACUCAGCUUUUGAUGGCAAACAAUAUGUCUUUCCACUGAACAUUAAGCAACUGAUUACCUUGUAGUUUACAGAUGGAAACUCCUCAAAUUCGCAAUCAAUUUCAUUCUAUAGAAACAAAAAACCAAGUUAUCUAUACAGGAUUGUUCUCAUAUAUACCAUCAUUGUAUUAUAUUACACUUUGUUGUAAUUUCUUGCAAAUCUAAAGAAAAAGUUUUACAAUAUUAUAUUUUUGA